CUCCAACCCGCACAUCGCGCGUCUCAUCUUUUGACCAACAACCACCACCGCCCUUCAGCUUAUCAGAAAGGAAAAUUCACAAUCGAAUCGUCGUCGCCUGCUUUCCGGAAACCCUUUGCAGCAAUAUCCGCGAAGAUGGGUCUCAAGCGGAAGCGGUCAUCCGAAGAUACAUCCUCGCCGUCGUCGCUCUCCGUCUCGUCCUUUGCGUCAUCCUCGCCCUCCCCAAGUCCGUGGCAGCCCGCACCCUCGCGGACGGACGUCGACGCGCAGAUGGAGCUGUGUUUCCCUGUCUCAAAACCAUUCCGCCACAUGGACGACCACGAAGGGCGCACGCGCAAGCGGUGGCGAAGCCGUCCGAACGAGGACGCCAUUCACGAACACACGAUCCAGAAGCUGUUCGAUGCACAGCGACAACGCCCUCAUGCCGAGCCCGUUCCGUCGUCUCUCGUCCCGUCCCUACCGUCCCGCCCUCCGCAGCGCAGCACGCUGCACGAGUUCUGGAACAUACGUCGACCACAGCCUAUCUUCGCCACCCCCGCCGCACUAGAGGAGACGCCCAGCCUUCUCUGCGACGACUGCGAUCGAGCCCUGGCGCUCUCCGACGUGGCUGAUCAGACGCUCCUCGAGCCGCGGGAUCUUUUUUCAUGUCUUGCGUGCGGCAAGGCAGUGUGUGAUUUUUGCGCUGUCAACGUCGACGGGCGGCGGUGUCUGGACUGCGUUCACGACUGUAGAGCUUGAGUGGAGCCAAAAAGGUGAACACCUCCGGCUUACUAUUACCCCUCUAUCAGCUUGCAGUCAAGCUUUGGUUUUUCCUGUGUGCUUUUCCUGGGCGAACGAUCGCGAGCGCUGCUCGCCACGCCCAAAACGUCGCGGAUGGACGUGUUUGGCUGUGGAACAUGGCGUGCCGUGGACUGCGCAACGGAAUGCAUCCCAUUGAUCUCACGACAAUGUCUUUUGCUUUCGGUUUUGGGCUACAAAGUCGAUUGGCGGGCAUCGAGUUGUUACGACGAUCAAAAAAGUCUGCAGAGACACUCCUGUUGUCUCAAACUUGCGAUCACGCAUGUGCAGAUAAUCCCGGACGGUCCCUGUCACAGGCCGCACUUCGUGCUGGAGUGACCAGUACUAUAGAUACGAUACUCAAUUAAGAGAAUUGAAGUCGAACUGCCACUUGUCUUGUCGCUUGUUGUUCAACGAUUUCUAAAGCGCUAGCAAAUUUUGUCCGUCGUUUUGCAUUAUAUGUGUCCAGGAGGCUUUCAAUUGAUUUGAAGUGUGGUUUAAAGGCUCUUUCAAAUUCUCUAUCAGCUGCUAGGAC